AUGAGAAAAGAUGGAGGAAGGAGAAAUAGAAGAGGAGGAAGAAGAAGAAGAAUGAGGGAGGAAAAGGAAAAAGAGGAGAAAAAGGAGAAAGAGGAAAAGCGACUAGAAAGAGAGACGAGAAAGAAAAGGAUGAGGAGGAGAAGAUUGAAGAAGGAGGAACAGUGGCUAGAGGAAAAGAAGAGGGAGAAAGAGGAAAAGUAG